GUAGUCCAUUGCGACUUCCGGCGGCCGAGUGUGCUCUGGCGGGAAGAAACGCAGUGCCGGUACCGCAGGACACGUGACACAAUGGCCGACACGUUGGAGUUUAACGAUAUAUACCAGGAGGUGAAGGGCUUUAUGAACGAUGGCCGUCUACGUUUAUCCAAGGUUGGGCUCAUGUACAAGAACAGUAAGACGGGGAAGGUGGAGAAUAUUGCAGCUGCUGAUCUUGCAGAGGGUGUGUGGCGCCGGGUAGCACUUGGGUACGGCAUCAAACUUUUAACACGUGCAGGCCAUGUGCAUAAAUACGACGGCUUCAGGGAAACGGAGUAUGAAAAGAUUUCUGACUUCUUCAAAACGCAAUUCAAGGUAGACUUGGUAGAAAAGGAUCUGUGUGUUAAAGGAUGGAAUUGGGGCAGUGCAAGGUUUGGAGGACAAAUACUCUCAUUUGAUAUUGGGGAACAGCCAGCAUUUGAACUCCCUCUAAGUAAUGUGUCUCAGUGUACCACGGGGAAGAACGAGGUCACACUGGAGUUUCAUCAGAAUGAUGAUUCGGAGGUGUCUCUCAUGGAGAUUCGUUUCUAUGUCCCUCCCACACAAGAAGAUGGUGGGGAUCCUGUAGAGGCUUUUGCAAAAAACGUCCUCUCCAAGGCAGAUGUCAUCCAGGCAACAGGCGAUGCAGUUUGCAUAUUCCGGGAAUUACAGUGCCUCACUCCCCGUGGUCGCUACGACAUACGAAUCUAUCCCAGUUUCCUCCACCUGCAUGGAAAAACCUUUGACUAUAAGAUACCAUACACAACUGUGCUCCGACUUUUCCUUCUGCCGCAUAAGGAUCAGCGCCAGAUGUUCUUUGUGAUAAGUUUGGAUCCUCCAAUUAAGCAGGGACAGACACGGUAUCACUUCUUAAUCCUGCUUUUUUCAAAAGAAGAGGACAUCACUUUGACCCUCAACAUGAACGAAGAAGAAGUGGAAAAGCGAUUUGAAGGAAAGCUGAAGAAGAAUAUGUCUGGGUGUUUAUAUGAGAUGGUUAGUCGUGUCAUGAAGGCUCUUGUAAACCGCAAAAUCACAGUACCUGGAAACUUCCAAGCGCAUUCUGGAGCUCAGUGCAUCACAUGCUCUUACAAAGCCAGCUCAGGGCUGUUGUAUCCUCUGGAGCGGGGUUUUAUAUACGUGCAUAAGCCACCUGUCCAUAUUCGUUUUGAUGAGAUCAAUUGUGUGAACUUUGCACGUGGCACCACAACAACUCGCUCUUUUGACUUCGAAAUAGAGACCAAGCAAGCAUCACAAUACACUUUCAGCAACAUUGAAAGGGAGGAAUAUGGGAAACUUUUUGACUUUGUGAAUGCAAAGAAACUAAACAUCAAAAACAGAGGCUUGAAAGAGGGCACGAAGCAGCCAUAUGAUGAUUAUGCUGACUCUGAUGAUGAUCAGCAGCAUGAUGCUUACUUGGAGAGAAUGAAAGAAGAAGGGAAGAUUCGGGAGAAUGCAGACAGCGAUGACUCUGGAGAUGAGACAGAUGAGUCGUUUAAUCCUGGGGAGGAGGAAGAUGAAGUCGCAGAAGAAUUUGACAGUAAUCCCUCUGCCAGUUCAUCUAGUGCUGGUAGUGAUGAAGAAGAGGUAGAAAAGAAGAAAAAAGUCAAGAAACCGAAAAUCGUUAAAGAGAGAAAGCCAAGGAAAAAAGCUGAGGGUAAAAAAGCCAAAGACCCUGCUGCACCCAAACGACCAAUGUCUGCAUACAUGCUGUGGUUGAAUGCCAGUCGUGAGAAGAUAAAGAGUGAGAAUCCUGGCAUCAGCAUCACAGACCUGUCCAAAAAAGCAGGGGAGAUUUGGAAAGGCAUGGGCAAGGACAAAAAAGAGGAAUGGGAUCGUAAAGCAGAGGAAGCCAAGCGGGAUUAUGAGAAGGCCAUGAAAGAAUAUAAAGAGAGCGCGCCAUCUGACGCACCCAAAAAGGAUAAGAAGACAAAAACUGAAAAGAAGACAGCAGUAAAGCCCGAGAAGGGGAAACCUGGAAAAUCUGCUUCUCCUGUAAAAACUCCAGUCAAGACCAACACCGUUAAGAGCAAAGAAUUUGUGUCCAGCGAUGAAAGCUCUUCUGAUGAAAGCACACACAAAAAGGAAUCAGAAGAUGAAGAGAUGGCAAGUACCCCGCCAAGUUCAAAUGAGUCGGGUUCUGACUAACUGGCUGCUGGAUUUACCCUAACUGUAUAGAAGGAUAGAUUUUGUGCGCAUAUCAGUGUUUGGCUGGAAGAGUCUUCUGAGUUUUUUUUUUUUUUUAAUUUUUAUUCCAUUUCCUCUGCCCAGGGCUUAAAGAGAAAUGUGUACAUUUUCAGGACAUGAUUGAUGCUUUUGACAUAUGCUUGUUCCCUGAAGAGAAAUCUCCUCAUCUCUAAAUAUCAGAUUUGUGGUGUUUUUUUUCCUUUCUGUUCUCCGUUUUGUAAUAAAAUAUUUUCUUGAGUCUC